CGGUGGUAUUUCCUGUCAGUGUUUGUAAACUGAGAAAAUUGGAAGUGCGACAAGAAAUAAUAACCCUCAAAACUCUUAAAAUUGAAAGGCUUUGGCCCCUGAUGAUUUGGGUGGGUGUGGUCUCUUCUGUUAUCCCUUCAUCCUGAGUGCAGCCCCCACUGUUCCCCCAAACACACACGCAUUUAAACCACGGCGAUGACAAACCAUUCCAACAGGGACCAUAUGAAAUGGGCCGGGUUGCUGGGCUGCGAGGCAGUGCUGUCCAGCAUGGCCCUGAUGCAAGCCAACAACAUCCCAGGACAGAAGAGGAUGAUGUCACCUUUGGGUCAGGGGCAUAGGGCUAGUCCCGAAAGCCACCAAACCCACUCCCAUCACAGCCACAACCACCAUGGACACCAAGGUCACCAUGGUCAAGCCCACCACAGCCACAUGGGCCACCCAUCAGCAGGGAGCUGUCCCCCCCUGCUGAUCCGAAAAGAUGGGGAUUAUCACACAUCAAGACUGAUGGAUGGAAAAGACAUGCAGGCAAACCAGAAUAUGCAGCCCAAGAAGAAGCACAAAAAAUCAGGGUCAUCCAAUAAAGCCAAAGAGAAAGUAGAGCAUUUACUUCCACCAAUGGACAUGGAUGAUGAUAAUUCCUUGAAAGUUCAGAAGAACUUCAUCUGUGACCACUGCUAUGGAGCUUUUCGGAGUAGCUACCACCUCAAGCGACAUAUACUCACACAUACAGGAGAAAAGCCAUUUGCUUGUGAUGCCUGUGAUAUGAGGUUUAUUCAGCGUUACCACCUGGACAGACACAAGCGGGUGCACAGUGGAGAGAAGCCGUACCAGUGUGAUCGCUGCCAUCAGAAUUUCUCCCGGACGGACAGGCUGCUGAGACACCGGCGGCUGUGUACAGUCGGGGUGACUAAAGAGGAAAACCAGUACUCACAGGACACAUCUGCCCAUCCAGCUUCCUGGAGCCCCCUACAACCUUCCAACAACCGUUUGACUGUCUGACCCUCAGCUUCUGACAGAGACCCCUCAGAUAGAAGCAUUGAAGCCUGACAGCACCAUACCUUGGCAACAAACUAGAUUAAAACUGUUUUAGUUUGCUCUCGCCAGCUCAUUCACACAGCUUGGUAGUGGAUUUUUUUGUAUUUUUCUACUGUUACAUUCACCUCACUGGUAAACAUAGGAGGACUACUGGCUCUCGGUCAGGUGUUUUUGGAGGGUUUUGCUGCCAGGGGAUUCUCAACCCCACUGACUUUCAUUGUAUCCUACAGCAUGGUGUAGGAAUCCUGUUGACCUGCAAUGCUCUGCUACACAUGGGACGUUGACUAGAGGACAACAUAUGGAAGUAUUUCCCACUUUAGUGCCCAUUCCUGCUGAUUGUCUUCAUAAUGACACUCAUGUACCAGCUACUGUCCAUAAACUGAAGAUCAUAGCAGAUGUGUGGCCUGAGAUGCCUUUAGGUUGUAACUUGCCACACAUUCUUACUGGAGGUUUUUGGACUCAUCUGAUAUUAAACUCAAUAUAAUGCUGAGGAAACUGAUUUUAGCUUGAAAUGGGCUUAUUACAACAUUUAAUGACAACAAGGCAAACAUUUUUUCUUCAUACACAAGAUCGCCUUUUUCCCCAACAUGAAAGUCUUAAAUGAAUCUAAAACAAUUUACUACCUGUUGUUUCAAAAACACUUAAGGCUAACUAGAUUCUCCUGAAAUGUUAUAUUUAACUAAUCGUGGUUUUAAGUUUAUAGACUGCUAGCUCACCUAUUCACAGUUUCAUCUAGUUUUAAAGGGCUUAGGGAACACUUGGCUUGUUUACAUGCAGUUAAGUCGAGCUACAGUUAAAGCUAAAUUAGGAUAUUUAACUGGAGGACUGUCCAGUAUACAAGCACCAGUGGAAAAUAAAUGUAUAGAUCUAAGUUUGUCCAUCUCUGCUACGCUAGGUGGCAAUAUGCCACCUUUUAGCCACUUAUUGUUUGACUGUCGACUAUGCUAACUAGUCAGUAAGCAGCAGGUUAAAAGAUAAAUGGUAAAAAUAUUUCUCUGUACAUUUCUUACAUGCUCUUCGUGUUACUUUUGGUACAAAUACAACGCAGGAUAUCCCUCUAGCUUAUUGUGAUAUCAGAAGGCUAUGCUUAGCAUUUAUGCUAUUCAGCUUCAAGGUUAAAGCUUGGUGCAGAGACUGUGAAGCAUGCCCAGAACAUCUAGUCCAGUUUGGGCCAACUGAGGCAUUUACAUACUAGAGUAAAUCUAUCAACCACAUUAUAUAGGCCAGUAUUUUCAUUUUUAAGAAAAUCUUUUUCAGUUGGACUGACAUGUUUACAUGUGCAAUAAUUUGACAGUUCCUAACUGCAUGAAAACAUACUGACUGUUGCUAUACAAUAGCAGGCUUACAUGUUGAUUUGCCUGAGCCUAGAUCUCAUGGUGGUCGUAAACAAAACAAGUCAAUGACCAUUUUAAUAAUCUUGCAUUCUCAUAAAAACCAGGUAUCCAUUGCAAAACAGAAAAAUCCUUCAAUGCUCCUGUAAACACCAGCAUAGCUAUGAAAUCAUUUGGUUUACACGCUCUCAUGCAGGAAACCACUAUUAGUCUCUAGUGUUUUCUUCCUCACUGUUUUUACAUUGUCAGAACUUUGACAGACUUCCAUCCUCUCAAGUUUUUUGCUAAGAGAAGCUGAUAUUUGGAAAUUCUCAGAAUUUCUAGAGCUAAAUGCUGGUUUGGUAUUUGGCUGUUGUCACACAUGGAUCAAAACUAGACCCACUCCUGAAACUGUUGUCAUUGGAGGGAAAUCUCCUUGCUCUGGAUUAUUUAGUGCUCAUAAUAAUGGCACACAUCAGAGAAUAAUUUUCCUUGUCCUUAGAUUCCCAGAUCUUACCUCUGUGGUGACCUGACUGAAUGUGAUGUGAAUACAGUGCCAUGUAAUUUCAUCUCAAGUUUAACCUUAAGCAUCUUCAGUGAAGAUAACUGGGGAGGGGAAUAUAAGGUCCAGGUUUAGCUUUGUAAGAUAAAGUCCUACAUUAUUUUAUGUUCCAUUAAAAGAAGGCUCCACAUGCUGGACUGGUGAUGUUCGCUCAGCUAUAGUGGAUUGUAUUUUAGACUGGUACUUCUGUUUCUGUCAAAGUUUUAGAUAAUGUAAGAGGAAUUUCAGGCCCAUCACUGACUUGUCUUCUUUUAUGAAGUUAAUAUAUAUUUAAAUUUUAUUAGGGAUAGAAAUAGUGUGUAAAGGACCUACAUGUUGAGAGAAAAUCAAAGUAUUUACAAAGUUAUAAUCCUUAGUCUCAUGAUUUCUUGAUACAGCUGAGAAGCCCAUCUCCUCAUCCUCAUCUGUCAAUUAGGAGGAAAGUAAAAGUGGCCACUCACGCCAUUUUAGUGUAGCAGCUAUGGUUAGUCUUUUUUGUUAUCUUUUGCAUGUAUAUGUUCAAACAUAUUGUAAAAAUGUUUUGUUAAAGAGAUUUUUUUAAUUUCAAAUGUACGCCCCAUCUUUUUUGUAACUUUCGGGGUGAAGUAAAAUCAAAGUCAGUCAAUCAUUCUGUAGCAUGGAGCUUGUAAUGGCAGUUUAGGGCCCCAAGUCUCAAUAAAGCUGUUACACUUUUUAAA